GGCGGUGCAGGAUGGAGGAGCCUGAGAUGCAGCUGAAGGUGAAGAAAGUUACGGACAAAUUCACUGAGAGCAUGUACGUCCUGGCCAACGAGCCCUCCGUGGCACUGUACCGGCUCCAGGAGCACGUGCGGAGAUCCCUUCCGGAGCUCGCACAGCAUAAGUCCGACAUGCAGAGCUGGGAGGAGCAAAGCCAAGGAGCCAUCUACACGGUGGAGUACGCCUGCAGUGCCAUAAAGAACAUGACUGACAGCAGCGUGUACUUCAAGAGCAUCGACAGUCUGCUCAAACAUGCCAUAGCCAUGAAGGAUCAGCUGAACGCUGCUCAGGGCCGCAGCACCGCUGCCCCACAAGCCAAGAAUCCUCCAGCCAGUUCCUGAUUUCGGACCAGACUGGCCGUCCUCUGCCGCCUUCUCCAGCCCAGCUCUAUGUUCUCCGACCACAGUGAGGAGUGACAAACCACCUGCUCCAUCUACGAAGCUGCACGGAGGCCUCUGCCUGCCUCUCUGUUCCCAGUAACAAGGUGCCGCACCUGAGCGGG